AUGGCUGAGGGUGAGGAUAUGCAGACCUUCACUUCUAUCAUGGAUGCACUGGUCCGCAUCAGUACGAGCAUGAAGAACAUGGAGAAGGAGCUGCUGUGCCCCGUGUGUCAAGAAAUGUAUAAGCAGCCGCUGGUGCUGCCUUGUACCCACAACGUGUGCCAGGCCUGUGCCCGGGAGGUGCUGGGCCAGCAGGGCUACAUAGGCCAUGGUGGGGACCCCAGCUCUGAGCCCACUUCUCCUGCCUCCACCCCAUCCACCCGAAGCCCUCGCCUCUCCCGCAGAACUCUCCCCAAACCAGACCGCUUGGACCGGCUGCUUAAGUCAGGCUUUGGGACAUACCCCGGGCGGAAGCGAGGUGCUCUGCAUCCCCAGGUGAUCAUGUUCCCGUGCCCAGCCUGCCAGGGUGAUGUGGAGCUGGGGGAGCGGGGCUUGGCAGGGCUUUUCCGGAACCUGACCCUGGAGCGUGUGGUGGAGCGGUACCGCCAGAGUGUGAGUGUGGGCGGCGCCAUCCUGUGCCAGCUAUGCAAGCCCCCGCCACUAGAGGCCACCAAGGGCUGCACCGAGUGCCGCGCCACCUUCUGCAAUGAGUGCUUCAAGCUCUUCCAUCCCUGGGGCACCCAGAAGGCCCAGCAUGAACCCACCCUGCCCACCCUCUCCUUUCGCCCCAAGGGACUAAUGUGUCCAGAUCACAAAGAAGAGGUGACCCAUUACUGCAAGACGUGCCAACGACUGGUGUGCCAGCUCUGCCGCGUGCGGCGCACCCACAGCGGCCACAAAAUCACACCCGUGCUCAGUGCCUACCAGGCCCUCAAGGACAAGCUGACAAAGAGCCUGACAUACAUCCUGGGAAACCAGGACACAGUGCAGACCCAGAUCUGUGAGCUGGAGGAGACCGUGAGGCACACGGAGGUGAGUGGUCAGCAGGCCAAGGAGGAGGUGUCCCAGCUGGUGCGGGGGCUGGGGGCUGUGCUGGAGGAGAAGCGGGCGUCACUGCUUCAAGCCAUUGAGGAGUGUCAGCAGGAACGGCUGGCCCGUCUCAGCGCCCAGAUCCAGGAGCACCGGAGCCUGCUGGAUGGCUCAGGUCUCGUGGGCUACGCUCAGGAGGUUCUUAAGGAAACAGACCAGCCUUGCUUUGUGCAAGCAGCCAAACAACUGCACAACAGGAUUUCCCGAGCCACAGAGGCCCUCCAGACAUUCCGGCCAGCUGCCAGCUCCUCCUUCCGCCAUUGCCAGCUGGAUGUGGGGCGUGAGAUGAAGCUGCUGACAGAGCUUAAUUUCCUGCGAGUGCCCGAGGCUCCGGUCAUCGACACCCAGCGCACCUUUGCCUACGACCAGAUCUUCCUCUGCUGGCGGCUGCCCCCCCACUCGCCGCCUGCCUGGCACUACACCAUUGAGUUCCGGCGCACCGAUGUGCCAGCCCAGCCAGGCCCCACCCGCUGGCAGCGGCGGGAGGAGGUGAGGGGGACCAGCGCCCUGCUGGAGAACCCCGACACGGGCUCUGUGUACGUGCUGCGUGUCCGCGGCUGCAACAAGGCCGGCUACGGCGAGUACAGUGAGGACGUGCACCUGCACACGCCGCCCGCGCCCGUCCUGCACUUCUUCCUGGAUGGCCGCUGGGGCACAAGCCGUGAGCGGCUGGCCAUCAGCAAGGACCAGCGAGCGGUGAGGAGUGUCCCAGGGCUUCCCCUGCUGCUGGCUGCCGAGCGGCUGCUGACGGGCUGCCACCUGAGCGUGGAUGUGGUCCUGGGCGAUGUGGCUGUAACCCAGGGCCGCAGCUACUGGGCCUGCGCCGUGGACCCAGCCUCCUACUUGGUCAAGGUGGGCGUCGGGCUGGAGAGCAAGCUUCAGGAAAGCUUCCAGGGUGCCCCCGAUGUGAUCAGCCCCAGGUACGACCCGGACAGUGGACACGACAGCGGUGCCGAGGAUGCCACUGUGGAGGCAUCGCCACCCUUCGCAUUCCUGACCAUCGGCAUGGGCAAGAUCCUGCUGGGGGCCGGGGCCAGCUCGAACGCGGGGCUGACCGGGAGGGACGGCCCGGCGGCCAGCUGCACGGUGCCCCUGCCGCCCCGCCUGGGCAUCUGCCUGGACUACGAGAGGGGGCGUGUUUCCUUCCUGGAUGCCGUGUCCUUCCGAGGGCUCUUGGAGUGCCCCCUGGACUGCUCGGGCCCUGUGUGCCCUGCCUUUUGCUUCAUCGGGGGUGGCGCAGUACAGCUACAGGAGCCCGUGGGCACCAAGCCCGAGAGGAAGGUCACCAUUGGGGGCUUCGCCAAGCUGGACUGA